AUGUCUCAAAAUGUCGAGUCCGUCGGCAAAUUGUGUUCUAUUUGCCAUGAAGACAUCGACUAUUUUGCAUAUGGUUCGUGUAAUCAUCCAACGUGCACAAAAUGUGUACUCAAGCUUCGGAAGUUCGGCAGUGCAGAUGAGCCGGAAUUUUCCAAGUGUCCCACUUGCAGACAAAACAUCAACAGAGUCGUCAUAAUGCGGAACUUCAUUCCUUUCGAUAGGGUCGAUGUUUCUGCUCUUCGACAUGACUCCAGAUUUGAUUUCAUGUUUCCUGAUGUUGAGAUCGAGCAGUACUACUCCAAUAUGUUGAAGUCAUUUUGCCCGAUUUGUGGUGAAGAGAAAAAGUCGCUUUCAGCACUAAACAGACACACUACAGCAGAACACCAGCUUUCUUACUGUGAUCUCUGCAUUCGAUAUGCUAGGCUUUUACCUUGUGAAUUCGUUCUCAUGAAACCAGCUGACCUAGUAAAGCACCGAACAUGGGAUAAAACCAAGAAAAAAGGUCACCCCUUGUGCGACUUUUGUGAGGAACGGUUUUAUGAGAUGGAAGAUUUGAUAAAUCAUAUUCGGGAUCUACAUUUCUUAUGCGACCUCUGCAUGACUACGGGAAAGUUUGUCGUCUUUAGGAAGCAAGAUGAAUUAUUAGAUCAUUACGGUGAAUCACAUCAUCUAUGCACUGAAUGUCGGGCUCAGCAACGUAUCUCAUGUUUCGCAACAGCAGAUCGCCUAGGUUUGCAUCGUUUUCAAGAACACCCAAAUGAAGUAGCCAAUGAUCCUAAUUCUUGGCUCCCGAUCUCCAUACGACAUGCAACAACUGCUGAUUCUGCUUUUAGACGACGGGAUCAAGUGAAUCGUGAUGUAUAUAGUGUUGGUGGCGUUCUUGAUGCUUCUGAUGGUAGACUUAUUCCAGAGGACAAUUCUAAUGUAUCUUAUCGUCGGCCUAAUCCUUCUGAAUGGACAGGUGAAGAUUUCCCCUCAUUACAGUCUACCAGGCCACUGGUGUCUGGCUCUCAAGCAGCAACAGAUGGACCGAGUAACCUCCAAACUACUGUACAAAGACUAAGGGAAUCGGCUAGUGCAUUAACAGAACGAGAAGGGAAAGAUACAAAUAAUGUUCAAGAUAAUCGACCAACAGUGGGAACAAGUUGGCUUUCUCGUGUUGCUAGCAUCAAUCUUACUAACAAGAAUCGUCUUACAUCAGAUGACUUCCCAAGUCUAACGCAAUCGCCAAAAUCUUCUACUGGUAAUCCUCCCACUUGGGUUAACAAGAGUAAUGCGUCUGGUGUCAUAAAAAAUUCACAGUUUUCAUCUGGUGCCUCUGUAAAUUCAUCUGGUUUCACAACUCUUGGAUCACUUGGAUCAGCCAUCUCUAAUCCCGGUAAUAAUCCACCAUCAUGGCCCAAUGUAAAUAAUAGUUUGGAUUCUGAGGAGAAUCCAAAGCUGUCGGUGGCUCCUGUAGUGCCAACUCCAACACCACUAGACUUUCCAGCUCUUCCAAGUAACCCUGGUCGUCUAAAAACUCCUACAAGUUUAAAUUCAAAAGCAAUCUCGGAGAAUAAAGCAAUGACUUCAAAGAUGUUAUCAAAUGGUACAAAGAAACAUGUCGAACAAGGCAUAAGGACAAGAGACGAUGAAUUGAAUGAUUCUGGCGGUAUGACUCUAAGAGACGAAAGUGAUAAGUAUAUAGAUGAUCCUCCAUUGGAAAGACCUCAGUUCACUCAUAUACAAACAGUUGAAAUGGUUCCUUAUUCCAACCAAUCGAUUCAAUCAAAUAUACCCAGGUAUGAACCACCAUCUCAGGCAAACGACUUUCCAUCCUUAUCUUCCACUUCAAAUGAAGGAUUGAAGAAAUCUCAGAAACAAGAUGUAUCACGAAAGCAACAAUCUAAGGAAAAACCAACUGAGAAGUCAGGACGUCAGUUAGAACAAAAAUGUCCCUCUUCUAGUGUGAAUAACAAUGUAAAGCCUGAAAUCUCUAAACUAAUCAAACUUAUAAAGUCUAUUCAGUUUAACGAUUCGAUGGACAUAGAGUGUUUGUUAUAUGCCGAGGUGCAUAACAUUGUAUGAUUGUGACCUUCCUUCCUUCCUUUUGAGUUGAACCCGUCUUGCUGUCAUGAUCCUGCAGGAGGAGAUUGGUUCCCACUGCAUGAGAGCCUUCGAUGCUGUUGAGGACAUCAUGAUAGCUACUCCCUCAGUGUGCUCGUGGUUGGCGUCUGGGUGACAAUAUCGGAGUAGAUUAUUGAUUCUCCAGUUGACAGUUUGGAGAGUCCACUCCCAUUCCAUCUGCUUUCGCAAAUUCCAAGCACUUCAGUGUGAUACCUCUUCAUCUCGUUUGCAAUCUGGGCUGCCCUACCAGCUGGGUUGAAACAUCGUGCGGACAUUCCAUGUCCCCACAUUUACUUUCGCUUUCCUCGAGGGAGAGAAGACACAUCGGCCAAUUGGCUUCCCGAAGGCUUUCACCAACUGGCGUCAUUUCGCCUCUUCGAUUCCAGCGGGGAAUAAGUUUGUUUUCAUUUUUUAUAUUUUGUUUGUGCUUUGAAGUUUCUUUAGCGGUUAGAUUUGUUUUACGGGGUAGGGUUGCUAGCCCUAUGCCCAACCUUCCCUCUUUACCCGGGCUUAGGACCGGCUAGUAACUAGUAAACUAGUUAACCAGGCGAGGUUAAAUGUGCUUAAGUAUGGAUAUUUAAUAAUAAGUAUUGCAUCUUAUUGAGAGAGAAACUCACCAAGUAUUCUUUCAGUCUGUCUACCUGAGUUUGUAUUUCUCUUCUCUGUGAUUGGAGAAACGAAGAAAGGAAAACAGAAACAGAGCAAAAAUGAUUGGUUGCACAGGACAUUUAAAGUAUGUUUUAUUGUACGAUUGCAUCUCUACUUGGUGAACUUUGUUGCUGAGGAAGAAUGAUCUUCCGAUAAGGUGAGAAUGCACGGUGGAAACUAUUUGUAGCUCUGGAGUAUUAUUUCAGUUGUAGUAGUUUUGCCCAGGAUGGAAGUAGGUAAAAGAUAAUGCUACCUGGCUUCCGAAACCUGGGUAAAUGAAGCGGUAUCGGAACCCAUGAUCCACUGGUUAAAAGUCAACUGGCUACUGGAUAAUAAGUUUUUGUAUUUCUCUCACCUUGUAAUGUAGCUGAAAUGUUUGUCUAAUUUUUGCAUUCACUGUUUACUUUUUC